AUGGAAGCCCUUCCUCAACUUCGGGUGCUAGUCUUGAGGUCUAACGAUUUUGAUGGUAACAUCUCAUUGCCUUUACGAACUAAGCUUCCAUUUCCCGAGUUGCAAGUUUUAGACAUAUCUCAGAAUGCGUUUGUUGGCUCUCUACCUGAAAGAUUUUCUGGGAGUAUUCCACACUCAAUAGGAAAUCUUAAGUAUCUCAAAUACUUGAACUUAUCACACAAUAAUCUCCUAGGAAAUAUACCUUCAUCUCUUGCGAACAUGAGUGCACUUGAAUCCUUGGAUUUGUCUUCAAACAAUCUUGAUGGAGUCAUUCCAAAUGAAAUGACAAGGUUGACAUUUCUUUCGAAAUUAAACCUUUCAAUGAAUGAUCUGGUGGGACGCAUACCACAAUCUAACCAGUUUUCCACAUUUGAGAAUGAUUCAUAUGUGGGAAACUUAGAGUUAUGUGGAGUUUCGUUGACGAAGAAAUGCGGAGAGGAGACUAAGCCAAAACAAGAAGAGGAAGAAGAUGGUAACGAUGAUGAUGAAUUUAUAGAUGGAUUUGGGUGGAAAAGUGUAGUUACGGGAUAUGGAUGUGGAGUCAUAGUUGGAAUUGGUAUGGGUUGUUGGAUUAUUCGAUAUGGGAAGCCAAGAUGGUUGGUUGAGUUCUUUUUUGGUGUUGGAUAUAAUAACAAGAAGAUGAGAAGUAAUAGAGCAACACCAAGGAGGAGAAAUUGA